AUGAAUAACGACACAUCAAAUACAACAAAUAAAAUGUCACCUCUUAAAAGUUCAAGUGAUCUAUCACAAAUGAUAGACCCAGAAUAUUUUAAAAGAGAAAAUGAUAAAAAGAUUAUUGAUCAACCAAUUAAUAGUAAUAAUAAUAAUAAUAAUAAUAGUCAAUCAAGUUUACCUCCUUCAUCUUUAUCUCAACAACAACAAUCAAUAUCAACACCAACAAAGAAUAAUAAUAGUAGUACUAGUACUAGUACUAGUCAAUCAAUACAAUCAUCACCAAUGAAUACAAGUUCAUUACAAAAUAUGAAUGCAAAUGUCAUACAAUCAUCAUUUGAUGCACACAUUCAAGAACAAACAUUUCAAACAUCCUCCCCAACAAGAAAAAGAAUUGUUAGAUUUACAGAUCCCUCACCAGUUUCAUCUCCUCAACCUAGUCAAAGAGAACAAAGAGAACAUCAACCUCUUAGACAAUCAUUUACACAAAAUGAAUCAUUGGAUAUUUUUGGUAGUUUAGAUUUUAGUCAAACUUUUGAACAACCAGAUAGUCAAGAAAUUGCACCAAUAUCAUUUACUCUAAGUACUGAUGGUGAUUUAAUCUUUACUUUGGACGACGAGGAAGAAGAAGAAUCUAUUAAAGAAUCGAUUCAAUUUGAUUUUGACAUUUAUCAAUCAAUGUCAUUACCAAUAUGGGAUGCAGUAACCAGUCAAGAUCCAAAGAUGGUAAUGAAAAGAGGAGGAAAGAUCAAGAGAAAGAGAGGGUUGGUCAUACCCAAUUGGAAAAAGAAGCAACCAGAAGUGACGAUUGACGACUUGAUGAAACAAAACUAUCUAAAGAUUGGUGAUCGUCUAACGUAUAGUAUUGCCGGUUCAACACAUACUGCCAUUCUAUUGGCUGACGGUUACAUUGAAUAUGGUAGUGGUAAUGAAUUACGUAUUCGUCUCCCAUCUGUUCAUGCUUGGAUCAUUCAAAUCCUAUCCAAACUAACACCAAACAAAAAAUAUCAUUGGUUUUCUCCAUGGGAUUCAAUUUUCAUUAAAGGAAAAUCUUUAAAUUAUAUUAGAAAAUCUUUUGAAUCUAAAAAUAGAAAAGAAAUUAAUAAUAAUAAUGAUGAAAAAGUAAUUAUUAAAACAAAUAUUACAAAAAAGAAAAGAGAAGAAGAAGAAGAAGAAGAAGAAAUAGAAUCUCAACAAAUCAAGAAAAAGGUAAAACCUACAAUUGUUGAAUUUAAACAACCUCUACCAAUUCAACCACAACCUUCAUUGAUUGAUCAAGAUGCAACACAAAAAGUAGAUGAAGAGUCAACCAUCAAAGUAGAUGAAGAAGCAACAAUCAAAGUAGAUCAAGAACCAAUUGUAGAUGAAGAAGCAACUAUUAAAGUUUAUGAUGAAUUUGAUCCAAAAACUCAACUAUUAAAUUCUACAACUACAAUUAAUUUAAAUCAAGUUGAUUUUAAUUCUCAAGAAAUGGAAAUUGAAAAGGAAAAUGAAAAUGAAAAAGAAAAAGAACCAUCACAAAAAUCAUCUCAAUCAAGUCAUCAUUCUUCUUCUUCUUCUUCUUCUUUAUCUUUUCCAAAUUUCAAUUCAACCUCUCAACCAACAAAUAAUCAACAUCAAAAUAAUAAUAAUAAUAAUAAUUUAUUUUCUUCACAACCACUUCCAUCCAAAGGAGGUCAUAUUGGAUCACCAUUAAAAUAUAAUACUCCAAUUUCAUCUCAACCACCACCUUCACAAUCAAAGAAUAAUGUAUUAUCAACAUCAAUUCAAUUUGAAACAUCUCAACAAUUUUCACAACAACCAAAAGAAUCAUCAAUUAGUUUACCAUUACAUCAACCAUCACUUAAAUCAAAUAAUUCAAAUGUUUCAGAACAACAAAAAAUAAGUCAAACAUUUUCAAUUCCAGAUUUAUCUCAACAACAACCAAGUCAAUUAUUUUCAAUACCAGGAUAUCAAAUUGAAUCUACUACUGGACCAGUAAUAUUAGGAACAGGAUUAUCAAGAUUAAUGCAAAUUCAUAUAAUUACAUUAACCAAUUCAAUAGGAGGUAGAUAUGUAACUAGUUUUGAUCAAUCUGUUACACAUAUUGUAUGUGCAACUGAAGAACAAGGACAAAUGGCCAAAAGAACCAUUAAAUAUCAAAUGGGAGUAGCCAAGGGACUUUGGAUUGUGUCAUUUGAUUGGAUUUUAGAAUCACUCAAUGAACAAAAAUGGCUAGACGAAGAUGCCUAUGAAAUACAAGGUGAUGAACAAUCUGGUAUUCAAGGAUCACCAAACAAGGCACGCCAACAAUUAUUAUUCUCUGAAAAACGUCUCUUUUAUGGUUUGGCGUUUUAUUUGGCAGGUGAAUUUGAUCAACCUAGUCGUCAAGAAAUUGAAUCGGUCAUCAAAGAGGCAGGUGGUAUAGUAUUGGAUGCACCACCACCAAAACCAUCAAAUACCAAAGAAUUAUUAAAAUCAAAAUGUACAGUCAUUGUUCAUCCAUCAUAUACCUCUUCUCAUCAACAACUGUCACAAAUUCACCUAACCACCAAACAAUUACCAAUUAGUUAUAAAUGGAUUUUUGAUUCAAUUUCAAAUUAUCAAUUAAUUCCAAAAGAUAAAUAUUUAAUCUUUAAAAGUAGUACUAUAAAUCAAUCAAACUAUGGUUCAAUUCAUACUCAACAAUCUCAUGCAUACUAA